AUGGCUGCAAUCCUUUCCUUGGGUUUGAUAGGUGCUAGACCGAAGAAUGCUAGAAUAGCUGGUAUGCUUCGCAAUUUGGCUAGUUACUACCACAAAGAAGCCAAACAUUCUCUUUAUUAUGUGCUUGCUCAAGGUUGGGUCCAUAUGGGGAAAGCCGGUGAAAAAGCUGAACUCGCAACAGAGGAAUACAUUCCUCUCUCACCAAUUCUUGAGGAUGUAGUGAUCUUGAUGGAGAAUGUAACGAACGUAGAAGAUUGA